GCUGGGGAAGGAGGUGGUUCCCGGCUGCUGCUCUUCGGUUUGCUUUGGAAGCUCAGCUGAUGCGGGUCCACCCGAGUGGACGUCAGUGCUGGGAAGAGUCGCGUCGCCACUGCCGUCGAAGUAGUUGCGGCCUGCAUCCGGGUAAGCCAUGAAUUAUGGCGUUUCUUAAAUGAAGUGUUCAGGAAUGAAGUGAAAGUCAAAACAUAUAGAAAAUAAGUGAUUUUUAAGUUAUGUCUAUUAGUUUGACUAUAGAUAUAUAUAUUUACCUCCUCAGUAAUGCGCGAAGUCUUUGUGGGAAGCAGAAGAGCAAGCAGCUGCAUUUCUUGUGCUCACCUAAACAUCACUGGAGGAUAAGCCACAUCAAUCUACAAAGAGGUUUCCAUACCAGCAAAGUAAGAUGUAAAUGGACCAAAAGUGAAGCACAUUCUUGCAGUAAGCACUGCUACACUCCAAGCAAUGAUGGUUUGCAUAUUGGGAUUUUGAAACUUAGCACUUCCGCUCCCAAGGGACUGACAAAAGUGAGCAUUCAUAUGUCCCGUAUUAAAAGCACUUUGAAUUCUGUUUCAAAGGCUGUUUUUGGAAAUCAGAAUGAAAUGAUCUCACGUUUAGCUCAAUUUAUGCCAAGUCCUCGAAUAUUAAGAAAAGUAUCAGAUAAUGAUUGGUUAAAACAGAAAAACAUUAAACAAACCAUCAAAUCUCUGAAAAAAUAUAGUGACAAAUCAGCAGAAAAGAGCUCUUUUCCCGAAAAGCAAAGUCACAUUAUAGAUAAAGACGAGGAUACCAGUAAACAAAGCCUUUUUCAUGACUCAAAUAGUAUAACCACAAAAUUUGGAGAGUCAUUCUACUUUUUAUCCAAUCAAAUUAAUUCAUACUUCAAACGUGAGGAAAAAAUGUCUCAGAAAAAGGAAAAUAAACAUUUCCAGGACAAAUCAGAACUUGAAGAUAAAAAGGUUGAAGAAGAGAAAUCCAGUUCUCCAGAUCCUGGUGUUCUGAAUGAUAAAAAGCUAGACUCAGAAUCUUCUUUAUGUACUGUGGACAAGCCGAAAAAUGGGACACCUGAGGUUCUUCCAGUUUCUACUAAACAAAGUAUUGCUAACUUUCUUUCUCGUCCCACUGAAGGUAUGCAAGCUUUAGUAGGUGGUUAUAUAGGUGGACUUGUCCCCAAAUUAAAGUAUGAGUCAAAGAGUCAGUCAGAAGAACAGGAAGAAACUACUAAAGCUGAGCAUGCUGUCAGCAAAGACAAAAAUGCAGAGGAGAAAAAGCGUUUAUCUCUUCAGCGAGAAAAGAUUAUUGCAAGAGUGAGUAUUGAUAACAGAACCCGGGCAUUAGUUCAGGCAUUAAGAAGAACAACUGACCCAAAACUCUGCAUUAAUAGAGUUGAAGAACUGACUUUUCAUCUUCUAGAAUUUCCUGAAGGAAAAGGAGUGGCUGUCAAGGAAAAAAUUAUUCCAUAUUUAUUGCGAUUGAGACAAAUUAAAGAUGAAACUCUUCAGGCUGCAGUUAGAGAAAUUUUGGCUUUAAUUGGCUAUGUGGAUCCAGUGAAAGGAAGAGGAAUUCGUAUUCUCACAAUUGAUGGUGGAGGAACAAGGGGUUUGGUUGCUCUUCAGACACUGCGAAAAUUAGUUGAACUUACUCAGAAGCCAGUUCAUCAGCUCUUUGAUUACAUUUGUGGUGUAAGCACAGGUGCUAUAUUAGCGUUCAUGUUGGGAUUGUUUCAUAUGCCCCUGGACGAAUGUGAGGAACUUUAUCGAAAAUUAGGAACAGAUGUGUUUUCACAAAAUGUCAUUGUUGGAACAGUCAAAAUGAGUUGGAGCCAUGCAUUUUAUGACAGUCAAACAUGGGAAAAUAUUCUUAAGGAUAGAAUGGGAUCUUCACUAAUGAUUGAAACAGCAAGAAACCCCACGUGUCCUAAGGUAGCUGCAGUAAGUACCGUAGUAAACAGAGGGAUAACACCAAAAGCUUUUGUGUUCAGAAACUAUGGUCAUUUUCCUGGAGUCAACUCUCACUAUUUGGGAGGCUGCCAGUACAAAAUGUGGCAGGCCAUCAGAGCCUCCUCUGCCGCUCCAGGCUACUUCGCAGAGUACGCACUGGGAAGUGAUCUUCACCAGGAUGGAGGCUUGCUUCUGAAUAACCCAUCAGCAUUAGCAAUGCAUGAGUGUAAAUGCCUUUGGCCAGAUGUCCCUUUAGAGUGCAUCGUGUCCCUAGGCACUGGACGUUACGAGAGUGAUGUGAAAAACACUAUGACAUACACAAGCUUGAAAACCAAACUGUCGAAUGUUAUCAACAGUGCUACAGAUACAGAAGAAGUUCAUAUAAUGCUUGAUGGCCUGUUACCUCCUGACACCUAUUUUAGAUUCAAUCCUGUAAUGUGUGAAAACAUACCUCUAGAUGAAAGUCGAAAUGAAAAGCUGGAUCAGCUGCAGUUGGAAGGGUUGAAGUACAUAGAAAGAAAUGAAGAAAAAAUGAAAAAACUUGCAAAAAUAUUAAGUCAAGAAAAAACAACUCUGCAGAAAAUUAAUGAUUGGAUUAAACUAAAAACUGACAUGUAUGAAGGCCUUCCAUUCUUCUCAAAACUGUGAUGAGUAUAUAUAUAUAUAUAUAUAUAUAUAUAUAUAUAUACACACACACACACAUACAUGUUCUCAGAGAUGAAGGCCUGUUCAGAAGCCACACCGAAUUCAAUAAGGAAUUGUAGGGUUCAGCAUGAGUUAACUUUAAAAUACUUACACAUUCUAAGGAAUCCUGAAAAAGACCAUGCUUGGACCAGCUUUCACAGCACAGAGGGUAUGCUAAGUUACAGAAUUCAUAAGGGAAUUCUUAUGGGAAUUCAUAGGUUUUUAUGAUGUUAAUAAUUAAGUGUGCUUUAGGAAUCUUACUGUGCUUGUUGGUUUUAGUAGAUAUUGGUGUUAUAUUGUUUGAUGUUUGAAAAUUUAUUAAUAUAUGUGCCAAACAAGAACUGAAAAUAUCAUAUUAGACUAGGUAUUUUUGCUUUGUCACCGUAAUCAUGUUGAAUUUAUUUGAUCAUUGAUUUUCUUCAAUCUGGAAAAGCUAAUUCUUAAAUUUACAUCACAGUUUUCAAGAGCUACAUUUUGCAAUUCAAGUGUUGCCUUUUACUAUAAUAUCGUUUAAACAAAUGCAGAAAAGUGGAAUUUUUCUCUAUCAAAGGACUUUUACAUUUGAAAUAUGAAAGAACCAGGUACAGUUUUCUAUUUCAACAUUGUUUGGUUCAAAAAGGUGAAAUUUUAAUCAAUCAUUUUUCCCCCUGAAAUUUCAAGAUAAUGCUAUUAUGUUAACUUGUCUAGCUCUAGCUUAUCAUUCACUGUUAUAACAUUAAUUACUUGAAUUUACUGAGACUAUAUCCCUGUAAUUAACAAAAAUAAACUAUUGAAAUAAUCUAUUGUUAAA